UAGAGGUCCAGAAGUUCUAUGUUUUCCAAAACUUAAGCAAUAAGAAUAAUUGUCUGAAGUGGGACCCACAACACAGUAAUGGGCCCAAAAAAACUCAAUUGGGCCCUUUCAGUCCACAGACACACUUGCCAACAAAUAUACACAUGUCAGUAAUCCACAAAAAAAUACACCUUUUAUCCCUAUAUAAAACCCUUUGCCCUUUUUCCAGUGGGGUCAGCCCAAUUCAAAAAAAACCCUAACCGAAAAAAUAUCUCCAUUUUCCCCCCAAUUUUUUCCCAAUGGGUUCCGAAAUGGUCCUUAACCACCAAUUUCCGGUCUCCGGCACUCCCUCCGGCGGCGCGGCAAGCACCACUAUUAACUCGGAGCCGAACGACAGGAACGCCCUUGCGGUAGCGGUAAUUCCAAAAAAGAAGAAUUCACUAUCCUUGGCCAACACAAAGACAAAAGACAGACACACAAAGGUUAACGGAAGAGGGCGGCGCGUGAGAAUGCCAGCACUAUGCGCGGCGCGUGUUUUCCAACUCACGAAAGAAUUGGGUCAUCGGACCGAAGGCGAAACCAUCGAGUGGCUGCUACGCAAGGCGGAGCCGGCGAUAAUUGCUGCUACGGGAACAGGUACGGUUCCAGAGACUCAAGUAACUACUACUCCGUCAAUGAGUUUAUCGCAAUCGCAGUCAUCGGUUUUGGCUCCUUUAACUAUGGCUACUCCGGUAUCUGGUUCUGCAAAUUGUGGUAGUUAUUACAGUGGAUUUUACUCGCAGCAGCAGCCUAAUUGCCGGCUUGAUUUGGAAUAUUCCGGUAAUCCCUACCGGAAUAUGCCAUUCACGGCUUUGCUAUUGGAGCCGGUGAAUGCUGAUGAUGAAUGCGAGGAGAAAGUUGCCGGCGGAGAACAUGUUGUGGACUAAAUGUAUCAGUUUAUAGAAUUUGUAAGGGUCUUUUUUGGUAUAUUGAAAAAGUUUGGAAAGCCAACUUAAAUAGUUGUUAAUUGAAGGGGGUAAAAUGUGAAGUCUUGAUGGGAAAACUGUAGGUUUGUUUGACUAAAUGUGUCAAGUUUUAUACUUUGUUGGGGUUUUUAGUAGAAUAGUUGUUAAUUAAGGGAUAAAUUGGUUAAAUUUUGAUGGAGAAAGUUCAAACAAAAAUGGGAAACAGUUAGAUAUAUGGAUAAGUUUUAUGUGAGGGCAGUUUUUGUGGACUAAAUGUGUCAGUUUCAAGACCUUUGUAGGGAUUCUUUUUUGGUAUAUCAAAAAGAGAUGGAUCAAAAGAGGGUCCAACUUUUGGGGGAUGUGGUAAAAUAGUUAAUUAAGGGGUAAAAAUGGUAAGUUUUGAUAUAAUUAUAUGUAUAUUUGCAUUAGUAAGUGUUUUUGUAUAUGUAAAUUAUUUUCCAUGGAUAAGGAAGGAUGAUGUUCUAUUUCC